CCCACCCACCCCAUCGUUGUUGUCCUUGUCCAGUAUUCAGAGAAGAGAAGCAGCAACUCGCUGAAGUAUAAAUACAGCUGCAAGUAUGUUAGCAGCGCAGCAAGAAAGAACAAUCACGGCAUUUCAUAGCCGAAUCUGUUGCGAAAUCUGAAGACUGGAACAAGUCUCAAAAAGUCAUUGAAAUCUUCUUCUUGUAUUUGCGCAUCGUAGUCUUGCGGGAACCGUAUGCGUGUUUAGUCGCUGUUUUCACAAUCCUGUGUGCCCGACAACACAGGUACACUUUCGACGCGCAUACACCAACGCGGUUGAUAAUACCAACAAGAUCGCUAUAAUUCACUCUCGGUGUUCGCCUGCCUAUCGGUGUAAAUGCAGACGAGGUAUAUGGAGAGAACUAACUCGAUGAAGGGGAGAGGGAAAAGAAGCUUGGAAGGUGGUGCUGAUGAAAACCAGGAGCCUGAGAAGAAAAGGCCUGCUUUAGCUAGUGUUAUCGUGGAAGCUCUGAAGGUGGAUAGUCUCCAGAAGCUUUGUUCCUCCUUAGAACCAAUUCUUCGAAGAGUGGUUAGCGAAGAAGUUGAACGAGCAUUAGCUAAGCUAGGCCCGGCUAAACUAAAUGGGAGGGCAUCUCCAAAACGGAUUGAAGGUCCAGAUGGGAGAAACUUGCAGCUUCAUUUCAAGUCACGGCUUUCUCUUCCAUUGUUCACUGGGGGUAAAGUAGAGGGUGAGCAAGGUGCUGCAAUUCAUGUCGUACUAAUUGAUGCCAACACAGGCCAUGUUGUGACAUCGGGACCUGAAUCUUCCAUGAAGCUCGACAUUGUUGUGCUAGAAGGUGACUUCAAUAAUGAAGAUGAGGAAGGUUGGACUCAUGAAGAGUUUGAAAGCCAUGUUGUGAAAGAGCGAGAAGGAAAAAGGCCUCUUUUGACUGGAGAGUUGCAAGUGAUACUUAAGGAGGGUGUUGGGACUCUAGGAGAUCUUACAUUUACAGAUAACUCCAGUUGGAUAAGGAGUCGGAAGUUCAGGCUUGGUCUUAAGGUUGCAUCAGGAUAUUGUGAAGGGAUAAGUAUUCGAGAAGCCAAAACAGAAGCUUUUACUGUUAAAGAUCAUCGAGGGGAAUUGUACAAAAAACAUUAUCCACCUGCUUUGAAUGAUGAAGUUUGGAGAUUGGAAAAGAUUGGGAAGGAUGGAUCUUUCCAUAGGAGAUUAAAUAAAGCCGGGAUAUUCACUGUUGAGGACUUCCUUCGUCUUGUGGUCAGGGACCCUCAAAACUUGAGAAGUACACUCGGGAGUGGGAUGUCUAAUAAGAUGUGGGAAGCCCUCUUAGAACAUGCUAAGACUUGUGUCUUGAGUGGGAAGCUUUAUGUAUACUACCCUGAUGAAACAAGAAAUCUAGGUGUUGUCUUCAACAACAUAUAUGAACUAAGUGGGCUAAUAUCAAACGACCAAUAUUUUUCAGAAGAUUCACUUUCAGACAGCCAGAAGGUAUAUGUUGAUACAUGGGUGAAGAAAGCAUAUGAGAAUUGGACUCAAGUAGUGGAGUACGAUGGAAAAACUCUCUUAAAUUUCAAGCAAAAUAAGGGUAGUCAAGCACUUCAAAAUAAGAAGUCAAGCACUUCACGAAAUGAUCUUCCCGUUGGCCCAGUCAAUUAUCCUAAUUCUGUAGAUAAUCAUCUUCAACCCCAGAGAUUGCCACCUUCAAUUCCCUCUGAGCUGUCUAUGGAUCAGAAUAUGUUAAUUGCAGGCUCAGGGUACAAUGACAACAUGCAGCCGAGAUACUCUACCCAAUCUCACCUCACAAAUUCUGGUUCACGAUCCCAGUUUGAUGCUGCCUCAUUCACACAGCAGGUUCAAUUCCAAACUGAUGCCUACAACAAUCGGGUCGGCCUUGCCCUCGGCCCUCCUCAACAAUCGCCGACAUUCCAAGAGGGGAACUCUUCUAUUCAGCAAGCUAAUCUCAAUCCUUUCGAGGACUGGUCCAGCAACCGGGACAAGGGCGUGGUUGAUGAUUUCUUGUCGGAGGAGGAAAUACGAUUGCGCAGUCAUGAAAUCCUUGAGAACGAAGAUAUGCAGCACCUGCUUCGGAUUUUCAGCAUGGGAGGGCAAACGCCUGUCAAUGCACCAGAUGAUGGAUUUAACUUUUCAUCUUACAUUCCUUCACCCUCUCCUAGUUUCAGUUACAACGAGGACCGAUCCCGUUCUGGCAAGGCUGUUGUCGGCUGGCUCAAGAUCAAAGCGGCUAUGCGGUGGGGCAUAUUCAUUAGGAAGAAAGCAGCCGAAAGGAGGGCGCAGCUUGUGGAAUUAGACGACGAAUAGACAACACAUAUCCCCCAAACUGUUGUUGGAAUCGUCGAAAGCAGCCGGAGUGCAGCUUUUGUGUUUACUGACUCUUCUGUAGUCUGUGUUGUACAGAACGAGGUUUGCUUAUAAAAGUUUAUUGACUUUGAUGUUCUUUGUGAUCUUAUGCUUGUUUGUUCGAUGUAAUGUUAAUUUACAGUUUACAUACGUGUAUGUAUGUGUGUGAAAUUUCUUUAACAUUAUGUAAUGUUGAAUUUGAUAAUUAUGUUUGCAGUUAUGCUUCGA